AUGGUAAACGGUCAUUGUACUGUGCAUCACACGCAUGCGCGGAUCGACCGCGAAGACGGCAUUGAAUCUACCGGGCCAAAUGAGCAUGUCUCCGCGGAAGGUGAUCGCCGUGAACAGUGUGGUGUCACUGGUGUCCAGGGAACCGCCGUCACUCUCUCCCUUCUCAAGAGCCACCAUGGCUUUGUUGUGCGGGCGCUCACUCGCUCCCCACAGUCCGAGAAAUCGAAGGAGCUGGCCUGUCUCGGCGCAGAGGUUGUCCAGACGCAUGGGUUCCAUGACGAGGCCAUGGCCAAAGCCUUCUCCGGCGUUUGGGGCUUCUGGCUCAACACACACCACCAGGACCCGGUCAGUAGAUCACGGACGAGGCUUGAGUGGGAUAAAGGGCUGCAGCUGGAGCGGACCAUCAGCAUGGAGGAGUACUUUGUCGAGCGCUACGGGGGAUGA